AAAAACAAAAACAUGCAAAACGGUCGCAACGGGAAAAGAGUGUCGCACGAAAAUAACCGUGGUUUCGAAGAAAUACAGACCCCCUCGCGAUGCAUGUGUAAGAAUUGAUUUUACAAUAAUUAAAACGUGGCUUUAACUAAAAGGAACUAAAUUAAUGAAACAGCAAAGAAAAUCACAUAACAAAAUUUGUCAGCUAAUGCCAAAAUAAUGAAAUAGCAGAAUUUUUGUGUUUACAAAUAUUUGAAUGUGCGCAAGAAUCUCAAUGAACAAUCCGAUCGAAUGAAAAGUUGAGAAGAACAUUUGACUAGUGUGCAGCAGCUGUUUGAACGCUUGAUAAAGGAAGGAAGGACGGACUGCAAGUUGAAGGCUAUGCCUCACUGUCGGCUCAGAGUCUUAAGGAGCCGAAUGGAUGCGGAUUAUUGUUUGAUUGAUUGAUUGAACGAAUGAAUAAAUUGUGACCCCUCCUGAGUGCUGGUCACUGAUAAAUGCUACAACAGAAUGUCGACAAAACGCUCAUCCGGAACCGGGGCCCAGCAUAUCGAACAGUAUACGAAUCCCUCCUUCGAGGAGGAGUCCUGCGACACACCACAGGCCACAGGAGCAGUUGUCGCCACGGCGACUGUCACGGGAACAGGCACCGCCAAUGCCACAGGCACAGCCACAGGCACUUCCACUGCCACUGCCGGCGGCAGCAACAUCCACAGCUCCAACAGCAAUGCCAGCGAUGCCAGCACGACACAUCGCAAAGGUCACAGGCGGCAGGAAUCAAUGUACCAGAUGACCGGACUCUACUCUGAGACGAACAGCGGCGAUGACAGCAGCAUAGACGCGGCACUGGGGGACACACAGUUGCCACCCACAAGUGGUACGGCUGCUGCUGCCACGGCGGACAGUAGCGUGAUGGUCAAGUGCCACAGUCGACAGGCGUCUGCGGGCAAGUGUCCGGCGGAUGAGGAGGAGGACUACGACGAAGAGCAGUUCAGCUCCGGCGAUUGCGGCAUACUCAACUGCCGGCCGAGUGGCAUUCAGAGAUUCGCUCGCAUCAAAAUCUUUGUGCUGCUGUUGUCCCUCCUGGUCAUGAUGCAGCAGGCGCUCAGCUCGGGCUACAUAAACUCUGUGAUCACGACCAUUGAGAAGCGCUUCGAGAUACCCUCCAGCUACUCGGGCCUGAUAGCCUCCAGCUAUGAGAUUGGCAACGUCAUAACCGUCAUCUUUGUCAGCUACCUGGGCAGCCGUCGGCACAUUCCCGUGUGGAUCGGCAUCGGCGCCGUCAUAAUGGGCAUUGGCUCGCUGGUGUUUAUGGUGCCGCACUUUACCGGCGAGCCCAAUCCGGGCAUUGCCAUCCUGAACCAGACCAGCGACAACAUAUGCCGCAGUGCGCUGGUGCGUGACCAGGACAUGGAUCUGGGUCGCCUCUCCAGCGGUCUCUCCAACCAGCCGCUAGCACCCCACACGUUGCGCGAGGACAACUGCCUGGAGGGCAAGGCCUCCACCACGGGGCCCGUGCUGCUCUUCGUUCUGGCCCAGCUGCUGCUCGGCUGCGGCGGCAGUCCGCUCUUCACCCUGGGCACCACCUACGUGGACGAUCACGUGCGCACCGAGAGCUCUUCGAUGUACAUCGGUUGCAUGUACAGCAUGGGCGCCUUUGGGCCCGUCGUCGGCUUCCUUCUGGGCGCCUAUCUGCUCUCCUUUCACAUGGACUCGCUCACCUCUGCCACCAUAUCGAUCACUCCUGGCGACCGACGAUGGGUGGGCCUCUGGUGGGGUGGCUUCCUGCUGUGCGGCGUCAUCCUUCUGGUGGUGGCCGUGCCGUUCUUCUCCUUCCCCAAGGUGCUCGCUCGCGAAAAGAAGAAGAUUCGCAAGAGCAGCGUCGUCCAGCCUGUGCUGCCCAACAAUUCCGUGGUGGCUGGCGGUGUCGGCUUGGGUGGUGGUGGUGCUGUGGUGGCCACCGAUGAGCUCGGGAAGGUGGUGAAGAAGGUGGAGAUUGUGGCCGUCACAAGCAAGGAGGAGCAGCAGCAGCUGCCCCCAAAGGUGGACACUGGCUACGGAAAGGACAUCAAGGACAUACCCAAGUCGAUGCUGCGGCUGGUGAAGAAUCCCGUGUACAUUGUGACCUGCCUGGGCGCCUGCAUGGAGCUGAUGAUCGUCUCCGGCUUUGUGGUCUUCCUGCCCAAGUACCUGGAGACGCAGUUCAGUCUCGGCAAGAGCCAGGCGAACAUUUUCACGGGCUCGAUAGCCGUGCCCGGCGCCUGCAUUGGCAUAUUUCUCGGCGGCUGCAUACUGAAGCGAUUCCAGCUGAAGCCCAAGGGCGCCGUCCAGUUCGUGUUGAUCACGAACGUGAUUUGCCUCGCCUGCUACGCGAUGCUCUUCUUUUUGGGCUGCGACAACCUGAAGAUGGCCGGCACCACGAUCCCCUACUACACCAGCAACAAGGGUGGCUCCACGCUGGAGCAACCUUUCCAGGUGAAUCUCACGGCCGCCUGCAACUUUGGCUGCGAGUGCCUAACCAGCGAGGUGGAACCCGUCUGCGGCAACAAUGGCCUGACCUAUUUCAGUCCCUGCCACGCCGGCUGCACGGCCUUCUCCUCCAGCUCCAACUACACCAACUGUGCAUGUGUUCACGCCAACAUCUCGAGCAGCAUUUAUCGGGGCGCUGGCGGCAGCCAGGCCCAGGCUCUCAGCGCCAGAGACGACUUUGCCGAGGUCACUGUGGUGCCGGUGGCCACAGCAGGACCCUGUGCCACGCCCUGUCGCACCAUCUAUCCGUUUCUGAUUCUGCUCUUCUUUAUGACCUUCCUGGUGGCGUCCACGCAGAUGCCGCUGCUCAUGAUCGUCCUGCGCUCAGUGUCCGAGGAGGAGCGCUCCUUUGCCCUGGGCAUGCAGUUUGUCAUCUUUCGAUUGUUUGGCUACAUCCCAGCGCCGAUUCUCUUUGGCAAUCUCAUUGAUUCGACCUGCCUGCUGUGGAAAUCCUCGUGUGGCGAGAAGGGCGGUCGCUGUCUCAUCUACGACAUUGAGAAGUUUCGCUACAAAUAUGUGGGUCUUUGUGCCUCUGUGAAGCUGGUUGCUCUGUUCAUCUUCAUCGUGGACUGGUGGCUGGUGCGACGACGCAAGCAGCUGGAGAAGACAAAGCCGCUGAAUGCCAGCGAUCCCAUUAUUGGCUCCAUCAUUAGCCUGGACAAACUGUUUGAGGAAAAGCUGUCGGGUGCAGAGCCAGCCGCUGGCUUCGUUGGCGGUGCAGGAGAGCUGAUUAUACCCACAGAUAUAUUGCGGCACUCGCGCAAUGAUUCACGCACCAUGCAAAUGGAUUAUUGCUACGACAAGUGCGGUCAUGUGGUGCCGCCCACAAACACGUGCAACCAGCCGCAGACAAAGUCCAAGAAACAUUUCCGCAGCGCCUCGUGCGAUGUGAAGAUGAUCAAGAGCUUUGCCAGGGAUCACAACUCGUCGAGCGGGCCGGCAGAUGCCGCGGGACAGGAGGCCAGCGGUGGUGGCAGCAGCAACAAGUACAAGAAUCUCAAAAAGUUCCAGGCGCACACGCGCAACCACUCGACGGAUAUGCACGACAAUAGCCAGCCCAUACGCUUCAUCCAGAACCAGCUGCGGCCCCAGGACUGUGCCGAGGAGGAGGACGACGAUGAGCUGACCACCGGCUGCGGCCACUUUGUGAAGAAGCACUCUCGCAACCACAGCUACGAUCAGAUCUACAUGCCAAACAACAUACGCUUCGAUGCGGACUUUUUGCGUCAUCCCCAUGCGCACCACAAUCCCAAGAAGAACGUGAAUGUGCUCAAGAAUGUGGUGGCGGAGACGGGCGGCAAGCUCAAGAACUCCAACGAGAUGGAAGCCGGCUCUGGCUCUCGUGGCCAUUCGCGUAACAAUUCCAAGGACUUGAACACCAAAAUUGCCACUGGUGCAGCUGCAUCGAGCAGCGGCGCUGCACAGCCAUCAGUUGAGCAGCCAGCAUCCACGACGGGACUGAGUGUCCUGCGACAUCGUCGCACCAACUCCAAGGAUCUGAACUACACAAUGCUGCCAGAGGUGUCAGCGCCUGUAGCUGCUGCUGUGCCCACUGUGAAUGUUAAUCGUGGUGGAGCCGGAGCAGGAGCAGGAGCAGCUGGGCAUCAGCAGCAGCACACGCGGAAUACGUCGCACCACAAGAUUCAAAUCGACGACGACCGAAACGAGCUCAUCAACGACAACGAUGAGGAGGAGGACCGCUCAUCGAUGCGCCUGUAGUUCCUGUAGUUCCUUUUGCUCCCGAGUGCUUAGUGUAUGUCCCUCCCAGUUAGCUAUAAGCUAGGAUAUCGACACCAUUAGUGGCACCAUUCCAGGCACUUCCUUGGCCUCUUUGUGUGUGCGCCCCCAAAUGCAACUGCUCAUUGUACUUACAACCGAGUGUUCAAAUCUACUUUCCUCGUAGACAAACCAACAACCACAACAAUAGAAAUCUUUUGAUAUGUGCAAGCAACGUGUUCAAAUCCAAGUGUAAUCCGCAAUCGAUUCACAAACGUUGGUAUGCUCGACACAAUUGCAGAUAAUAUUUAUGGAUCUAUGGAUCUAGGCACUAGAAUAGGCAUCAGAUAUACAGAUAUACCGCGAUAUACCGAUAUAGAUACAGAUACAGAUAUAGUAAGAAAAGUAGCAGCAUAUUGUAGGACGUAGAUCGUUGUGAUAGGAAUAUUUUGUAUUGUAUUUUGUAGAGUGGAAGAUUGGAACGUAGUGGAAUCUCGGUUUCGUAGUGGAGACAGACGCUUUGACUGAGACUGAGGCACUGGAAGAAUGAAAGGACAAGGAUAGAGAUACAGAGACAGAGACAGUGAAUAGAAGUGAAGUGAAGUUAGCAAUGAAUAGAAAAUUGAAUGUGUUUUAAUAAUCUACGAACGUGUAAACAAUUGUCAAUGGAAAUUGUGCUGUGAAACAAUGUGUGAGUAUAGGAAAACAACAAACAAAACAA